AUGAGUGCAGAACUUGCUUGUGUUUACGCCGCUUUAAUCCUUAACGAUGAUGGCAAGGAAAUCAACGCAGAAUCCCUUCAGAAGAUCCUUGAUGCUUCCGGCGUCAAGAUUGAAAAGUUCUGGGUAGAUCUUUAUGCUGACUAUUUCAAGAAGGCUGAUGUUUCCGAUUUAAUCAAGAAUGUUUCCCUCGGUGGUGCCCCAUCUGCUGCUCCAGCUGCUGGUGCUGCCCCAGCUGCCGCUGCUGAUGCUCCAAAGGAGGAAGCCAAGGAAGAGGAACCAGCUGCCCCACUUGACCUCGGUGAUAUGUUCGAUUUCUAA